AUGCCACGAGGAACCUCCACAGAUCUUCGUCCCGAAAUUGUUACAGACGAACUGUAUAAUUUGAAGAGUGAAAAUCUCAACCUUAAGCGGAAAAUUAAUGAUCAGGAUGAUAAAACCAAAAAGCUCAUAACCAAGGUACAAAAACUUACGGAGGAUUUGAGACGAGCAAAGGAGCCCUCACUGGGCCCUCAAACCAAUGGGAGCGUCGAACGUGUGAAUCGAAGAGAGAUGGCUGAAAUGGAUGACAUGGUGGAUGAUCUCCGUGGACAGCUGAGAAAUAUGGCAAAAGAGAAUUCCCAACUGAAGACCAAAAUGAACUUCUUCAAAGCUUUGCACGAGGCUGAGACUCGAAAGGGUGCUAGAUACGAUCAUAUACCCCCUCGAAUAGAUUCAGGAGUGCGACGGCUUCAUCCAGCCAUUGCUGUCAAAGGACGCGGUAGAGAACGGUAUCGCCCUACAGGUACAAGUACUCCGGCGGAGCCUGAUCAUAACAGCGAAGAAGUUGCGAAAUUGGAAGAGCUUGUGACAGUACUGCGCGGGAAGCUGAACGAUUCCCAACGUGAACUCGAAAGUGCACAUGAAGAAAAUCAGCGGCUAAAGCAGCAAAACGAAAGUCAGGAACAGCAAGCAGAUAUUGAGCGUCUAGCACUACAACGAGAACAUGCUGACCUAAAAAAGCGGUACCAGGAAAUCAAGGAUAAACACGACACUUUGGAUGAGAAAUUACGUGGCCUGACUGAGACCUAUUACGAGGCCGUGGGAACUGUGGAAGUGUUGACAAAUGACCUCAAAGAGGAGAGAAGGAAAAGAACGGAUUUGGAGCAUCUAGUUAAGGAAAAUGAAGCGCAGUCUCGAAGAGAAAUGGAGCUUAACAUCAUCAUAGAUGAUCUUCGGUUUGAAAAGAAACUUUUGGAGGAAGAGCAAGCGCGCCUACUGCAGUCUCGUUUUGGAUCCCACAGAGAGGAAGAGUACAACAAUGAACGACAAAUACUCAGAAAACGAGUCGAAGAGCUCGAAACCCAGCUCACGGAAACUUUAAGGGAUAAGACCGGUUUACAUUCAGCUUUGCAGGAGGCGCGAGAUCAGUGUCGACUGCUCUCGGAGGCAAAGCAAAAAGCAGAAGGGCAAAUGUACGAUGUGCAACAUGAACUGGACAAGCUGCAAGAGCAAAUGAGGCGCCUCACGCAGAAUGGGUUGAUCGAAAUUUCCCAGAUUGAAGAGGCGCUGACGUUCUGGAGCCUAAGGAACCAGAAAGCCCAGACUGCAGACUUCAUUUCACAGGCUGAUGAUCUUGCAGAGGACAAACGAGUGCUUCAAGACUUGCGAUUGCAAUAUGCGAGAUGCAUCGAGGACCUGGAGAAAACCAGAAGAUUACUGCAACUACAAGAGCAUAUCAACAAAGAUUACAAGUUAGAGGUGGAGCACCUGCAGCAGAAGCUCCAAGCCACUCAAAAUGAAUAUGAACUUCGUCUAGAGGAGGAUUCACGGCUUUUAGAUCUACGUAGUAACAAGAUUGCUAGUCUGGAAGCGCAGCUGAAAAAUAUUGCCUAUGGAACAGCAAAAUUACCGACUGCUGUUGAGAAAGCUACCGAUGAUGACGACGAGGUGGAACUAGAGAAAGGCCAAAACCUGAUUGCUGUUCAUGUCGAUGCCGCCCUUAUAAGCGAAGAAGGAUUCAAGUUACUGCAGCAGCUUGGGCACGACAGUAGAGACGGCGAGAGCUUUGCUUCCUUUAUUUACUUUGAUUUCUACGAUUUCGAGACUCAAGUCACUCCAAUUGGCAUUGGUCUCAUGCCACAUUACAAUCUGACCUCCAGAUACAAAGUGUUCGUGGACGACUUCUUCCUCAUGUACCUGCAAAGCCACCCUAUGAUUUUGCACCUCUGCCGGUCAGACGGACUUGAUUACGUGGAGGUGGCCACCUGCGCGGUAAUUUUCAAAGAUCUGACGGAUCCUCAUCGUACCGAUCGCUUGCAAUAUUAUGGUCAACUUGUUAGCACGCACGAUAAUAAAACGGUCAUUGGAAGUAUUAAUUACUCCUUACGAGUUCGAGUUCCUAUGGUACAAGCCAUAAGAUCAUUCAAGGAACGAACCGUCGCUUUGAACCUCUUGACGGUCGGGGACAAGGACGUCUCUGGUAAAAGGUUUACGCAUCGAGCGGAUAUGAAUGAGUUGAUUGUCCGCAUUGCCAAUUGUUCAGGACUUACUGCACCACCAGGGAAGUCCCCAGCGGUAUACCUUUCCUUCCAGUUACACAAUCAGGAUAUGUCCUUGACGGACACUAUCCAAGACACGUGCAAUCCAGAAUUCAAUUUCUACCAAACCUUUCCGAUGCCAAUGAAUCUGGAUCUCGACAGAGUCCUACGGACUAGCACGCUGGAAAUAGUGGCGCUGGAUGAUAACGACGGUCUUGAAGACUACGUCUACGGCAUAGCUAAAGUUCCACUUCUAAAUUUGGCACUAAAUGAAAAUAUUCAAGGGCAGUUUGACUUGAAGGAUGCAUCUGGCAAACGACGAGGAAAAGUCAGCGUGUCCUUAGCUUGGGAAAAGCCAUACAGACUUGAAGUGAUUCCUAUCGUUUCUCAACUUGAUGAGCCAUCCGUUGCGGCCGAGUAUAGUGGUAAUGCGCCUGAUCGAAGCCUCGUUGACACUGUCCCUCAUGAACCUCAGAACCACCGGCAAAGUCAACAGAGCUCGGUACAAUCUCCACGCCGACAGUCCCAAGAGGCAUCCAACACAUCUCUUGUAUCAAAACCCUCCACAUUCACAGUCAGUGAUAUGCCUCCCGGCUCCAUUAUGUCGUUGAGAGACGAUGAAAACGUGUCCCCAAGCGCAAGUAUAGAUUCAACCGGGACAAGUGAACGUUCUGAUCAUCGCAGCCAAGCGAGCAGACGCAGAAGAAAAAAACGCAACUUGGAAGCGUCCAGCUUCGACGAGGGACCUAGCGAAAGUGCAACCAGCUCACGGCAACUUGGAAAGUCUCGCAGUGAAGAAGUGAAGUAUACGAUCCCAAGUGGGGAACAGUCGGGUGGAAUUACCAGUCCUGGACAGUUGCACGGAUCGGGCUCUAGACAACAAAGUAGCAUAUCUUCAGUAUGGUCAGAUGCUAAUGAUAGCGCGUCGGAGCACGCCCUGGAGCUUGCAACAUCACCACGAAAAGUCUUGGAAGAGACUGGACAAGGUAUCCUAGGGGAUGGCCUUAAUGACGAGCGGAGCAAACCUAGCGCAGAAUCAGCAACCCUUGAAAGGCGCGAAACGGUCGGCUCCACGUACCCCACAACCCGCAGCGAAUAUGGCUUAUCUUUAGAGCCACAUCGCUCAGUGUCAUCCCUUCAAAUGCAAAGCACCGAACCUGAUCGUGAAGAGGCCAUCACCAAAGAGCGAGGCGGAUCAGAAGGCAUCACCAUUGCCAUUAGCGAGCUCAAACUGAACCUUACUACUCCAGAUGUAGCAGCCUUAUUACAGAACACGGAGAAGGUUUACAUCAGCUUUGAGUUUUUAGACCAGAGACCGGACGAUGAGGAGCUGGAGACGGACUCGGUGACCUUGGCUGAUAGCGGCGUGGUGCAAUUCUCAUACUCUAAGUUCUUCCCCUUCUCGGAAACCACAAAUCCACGGGGACGGUUUCGCCUCCGUCGUGCUCUCAAGUCACCGGAAGAGACAGACCAUUUGAUCCAGUUCGUUGUAGUCAGCGAACCCCCCGGAGAUACCGAUGACGACGUCUCCCAAGAUCUUGCAUACGCAAGCGUCAGCCUGAAAGAGUUGAUGUCAUUAGAGGACGACGGUGCAAUAUUUGAUCUCACGUUAUUUGAAAGGUCUGGUAGUCUUGAGAUGGGACACUUGACGGUCACGUUGGCUGGAGCACAUACCAUACACACAAUACUGGAAAAUGGAUAAGGUCAU